AAAUGUCAGGAAGCACACUCGAUCUUUAGAAAAGGCGAACAGCUGCCAAGUCUUUUUCGUAAAAGUGACAUCGACGGCUCUUAGAUCUAGCUAGUUGGCUCUCAUCUUGUUUUGUUGUUCUGGUUUAUUCUAAAGUUGUGCUGUUGUGCUGUUGUGGUUGUCAUCAAUCCCAGACAGACAGACCGACAGAAAAUAGAAAGAAGUACGGUAGAUAGUGAAGCAACAUGAAUGAAACCACAGUGGCAAGUCCCCAUCGCAGCGACAAGCCCGAAGAUCCCCUGAGUCCCAGCAGUGUCAAGAACAAGGUGGCUCCUCUGAUCCAUUCGCGGCAUGAAUGGUUGGAAGAAGAAGUGGAAAUCCGUCGCCGUCAAUCCAUUGAUGAAGAAGAAAUUUUGAGACUCAAAGGAGAGAAGCAACAACGAAAUUCCAGUCGGCAAUUAUUGCAAACAUCAUCCUCCAAAGAAUCCAACAAUAGUGACUAUUCAUCGUCAUCAACGACCGAUCCUACUACACGCGACAUGGCGUCUCAGUACUACGAACCCGGUGAUCAUUCUCUUACGCCAUCACAAGCCGACGAGUUUCGGCGGAUUAUUCCACGCUUGUCGACUCAUUCCAUGGACGGAUUGGAUAUUUCCCUGGACUCGCUAGAUGCCGUCAAUCGAGAAGAUUUGGGCAAUGCCCGACGCCAUACCAUCACGAAACGACCCUCCGAUUUGCUCCGGUUUUCUUCGGAUUCUACUUUGGAACGCGACAAUACCCCGGAAGGACGCCUCCGCAGCAAUUUGGUGCCGUUGGCGUACAGUCAAGUGGCCGAUUCCGUCUUUUGGGGAUUUGCCACGACGGGAAUCACGGAACCUUCCCAAGUCUCUGAUUUUGUCCAUCGCAUUCGACAACUCCAUCCCACUGCCACACACAUUCCGUAUGCGUGGAAUUUGCCGCCGUUGCAACAGCAUGACAACGACAAUGACAACAAUGAUGCAGUCAUGCAAGAUGAAAGCGAUCGGACACCACCCCAAUAUGGCAGCAGUCGCAGUGGCUACAAUGAAGAUGGAGAACCCGAAGGAUCCACGGGACCACUCUUAUUGGAACAAGUACAAGAAAGCAAACAUGAAACCGACGGGAUCUGGCUCUUUCCCGAAGAAGUGGGAGGCGCUUCGUCCUCAAAGUCGGCAGGAACCGUUGUGGUGGUCGUACGAUACUUUGGAUCGCAACUGCUCGGUGUGACGUGUGGUAGAUUGGGACAGUGCUAUCAGCGCAUUGCGCAAACGGCAUUGCACCGAUUAUUUCGUGGCUAUCAUGUGCCACUCUUGUUGGAUUUUACUACGACUAGUAACAACAAUCCACAGAAUUUGUACGGUUUGGCCGCGGGAGACACGGAAUUGCAUCUCAAUGUCCUUGCUGCUGACAAGGACAAGGAUGAACUCAUGUCCACCUUGCUCGACGAAUUGGAUUUUGAUGGAUUCAAGGGCGCUCAAGGAGAAGUGUUGCCAAGGUUGCAAAAUUUGCAAGCCGAUUUUUAUCGCUACGAUCCCGACACGGAUGGUCCUGUGCCAAUCAACAGCACCACCAACAACAAUAGUGAUGAGGAUGACGGCAACAUCAUCCCAGUCUACCGAUAUCCCGGAAAUUACCAAGGAGACGAAUGGGAAACAUUUCCCUGGAGUCCCACAUCACUCGAUAUCAAACAAACAGUCGAAGCGGCAUUGCCGCAUUUUUACAAUCAACAAACCAUGAAUCACUGCGUCACCAAUUACUAUCGACACGCCGAUGAUUAUAUUGCGCAUCAUGGAGAUAAAGAUUUGGAUCUCGACAAACACGCGGCCAUUGUCAGUGUCAGUAUUGGCGCCGCACGGAUUUUGGAACUGCGACGGAGGGCCGAACCGAGGGAUUUGACACGAGUCUUAUUGCCUCAUGGAAGCAUGUUGUUGUUGGGACCCGUCACCAAUCGGUACUUUACCCAUUCCAUAUUGCCCGUCGUGCAAGAUCCACUUCACGGUGGAUGUGGUCCAACUCGACACAACAGCACCAGCACGGACGACGAUCAAAAACAACACGAUCCUCAUGCUCGCAUUUCCUUGACGAUGCGUCGUGUCACAACCUACAUGGAUACAAAGACACGACGGUUGUUUGGAGAAGGUGUGGAAUGCCAAACAUUGCAGGGCCUCAGACGAUCCCAGCGAUGGGAAAAUCUCUCCUUUGUGUUGGGCUUUGGUGCCUUUUGGAGAUCCGUGUGGUAUUACGCGGCGACGAAGGAGUACAAACAUCUGCCAUUGUUGGUCCCGGCAUCGUGGUUAGCAGUGUCCUCCAAACAGCAACAACAGAAUAGUGGUACUGCGUCGUUGUCACGAACGAAUGUCAUUUUACAAUCCGUGGCCCAAGAAGGAGUGGUACUGUUGGGAUCGGCAGCAUUUGCUUGGUGGUCCUACAGUGGCUUGCGACGCGUCUAUCACAGGCGCAAGGAAGAACAAUCGGCGAGAGAGUUCUUUACCAAAAAGUCGUCCAGUGGUACCAAGUAUUGAGCCUGUGAGAGGAUUUUGAUGACGAUGGUACAAACGUCCAAACUUUGCCUGUGCGAGGAUAGCUAAGAAAACAAUAGAGUUGUGGCACUGGUUUGCUUUCUGCAGCUUGGGA